AUGAAGUUACAUUUUACUAGUCGGGAUAUUACUGUAACACAUUCAAACUUAAUAGGCAUUUGGGAAAAUUCUAUAUUCAACGGAAACAUGGGAAAAGACGACGAUCAUCAUUCAGGAUCCAAAGAUCACAAAAAAGAUAAACCUCAUAGCUCUAAGGAUAAAAAAAAGACGACCAUAGUCAUCAUAAAUCGGGUUCAAAACAUCGUUCUGGGUCAUCGUCUUCUUCAUCAUCGGACUCCGAUCAUAAAAAGAAGUAAAAGUCAUGGAAUUAAUGAAAAUGAAACGUUUUUUACAAUUUUUAUCAUUAGUUAUUUUCUCAUUAAAGUUAAUUAUUAUUAA